AUGGUUUCAUUUGAUGUCACGUCCCUUUUUACUUCUGUCCCGCAGGACCUGGCAGUCGAGGCCAUCGAACUACGCGUACGGGAGAAAAACGACGAGGCGGAGAAUCUUCUCGGACAAGCCCAAAUCAUUCAGCUCCUGAAAUUCUGUCUCAAGACGUACUUUACGUUCGACGGAACAAUCUACGAGCAGGUGAAGGGAACGCCAAUGGGUUCGCCGAUUUCGGGACUCAUAGCCGAGGCGGUCCUUCAAUGGCUGCAGUCGGUGUUUUUCCGACACCACAGACCGAAAUUCUGGGCUCGGUAUGUGGAUGACACCUUCGCCGUCAUCGAAUGGAAUCAGGUGCUGACAUUCAAAGAACAUCUCAACACCGUCUUCCCGGACAUUCAAUUUAGGAUGGAGGUGGAGGAGAACAAACAGCUGGCCUUCCUGGAUGUCCUCGUCUGCCGCAAAGAUUGUAGUGGCCCAAAAGCCAAAGUUUUCAGGAAAGCGACAAAUACGACGCAAAUACUGAACUUCAACAGCAGCCACCCGAUCAGUCACAAUCGAAAUUGUGUAUGGGCGCCAUUCCGGCGCCUUGAGACGCAAUGA